AUGCGUGACAUUCGAGGUGUUACCGGAAAUAUAUUAGCUAUUAUUGUAUUGACAAAACGUCGCAUGAUUAUGUCAAGUACAAAUAAUUAUUUAAUGAUAUUAGCAUUAGUCGAUAUUUUCUAUUUAUUAUUGACAAUGACACUCAAUGUUGCCGCUCAUCCGUGCUUUAUACAUCGAAGUUCAUCAGAAAUCAUUUCAACAAUAGCUAGACCCAUAGCUGAUUGGUCUUCGAAUGCAUCCGUAUGGCUUACUGUCACUUUCACUAUUGAAAGAUGGGUAGCAAUCACAUAUCCAUUGCAAAGUCGAACAUGGUGUACUGUCUAUCAUGCUAGAAGAAUUAUUAGCGGCGUUCUCUUCGCAGCUCUGAUAGCUACUCUACCAUCCGCAUUCGAAACAAAACUUGUUCGUGUAAAAAAUAAUCAGACAAAUUCAUACAGAAUCGAAGCACAACACACUUCAUUAUUAAAAUCAAAACUAUAUCAAAAAUUUUAUUUUAAUUUUGUUACAUUUGCCAUUAUUUGGAUACCACUAAUACUAUUAUUCAUAUUUAAUACAAUUUUAAUUGUUUAUGUUCAUCGUUCAAAAAAAUCUUCUCAAAAUAGUAUUGACGGUAUUAAAUUACGUCGACAUCAUCGUACUACACAAAAUGAACAACGAAAAACUACUAUCAUGUUAAUUGCUGUUGUUAUUGUGUUUACCGUAUGUCAAAUACCCCAAGCGAUUAGUUUAACAAUAGCAUCGUAUAAUGAAGAGUUAGCAAUAUCAACUAAACUUUUAAUCUAUAAUAAUUUUGCUAAUUCAUUAGUGGCAUUAAAUGCAUCAAUUAAUUUUGUUUUAUAUUGUUGUUUUUCUGAUCGUUUUCGUUCAACGUUUCGUUCAAGUUUUUCUUUCUUAAACAAAUGUUAUAAUCUUUAUUUUCCCGGUGCAAUGAAAAAAAAUUUCUAUACAAAUUCGUUUGAACAAAUUAAUACUAAAGAUAUUAAUUCGAGUUUUUCUCUUCAUUCAAAAACAUUGGGCAAAAUUACGUUACCAACCAGUUAUAGUCGAAGUAAUAUGAUAAAUGACGCAUCAACAAAUCCCAGAUAUUCAACAUCAGUAGAACAACAACAAUGUCAGCAAAAAGCUCGAAUGAAUGGUAAAUACUCAUUAUUGUCAAGACUAAAAUCGAUUAGUAACAAACAACAAAAAUGGAAGAAAAGUAAACACGAAAACGAGAGCACAGAAUCAACAGAAUCCCCACUGUUAAGUAUUGUCAAAAAUAAUACAUUCCUGAGUCCGAAACAAUUACCUAAACCGUCCAAUUUACUUGAAAAAAUUUUUAAUAGUAAAAACGAAUUAAAUUAUAUUCAAAUAUGCGACAACAAAAAGAAUUUCGAACCAUUAAGAGAUCGUUCGACAUUGAAACGCGUAUCAAAAUCAUUUACACAUCCCACUUCCAAUAGUAAUGAUGAAUUAUUUCGUAAACGAUACUAUUCUAACGGACAUUUCAAAAACCGUGAGUCAGAAGAUAAUCUUCAACAACCUUCUUUAAAACUAUGUCCAAAUACGCAUAAUGAUACAAAUUCAAUUUAUCAUUCGUUUUCAUCUUUAAAAUCGAUAUUAUCAAAUGAAAAUAACGAUGUAUGGAUUAAACGGUUAGAUUUACAACAUCGUUCUCCUUCAACAUCAUCAAAUUCACAUGAAUCUUUGCUGUGGGGUGAAAUUCUCGAUGUACAAGUUUGA